AAUGUAAAUAAAUACAAAAAAUCAACCAGAAGAUAAGGGCAGUGCUAUGAAUUUAAAUAGUUAAAUGUUUAGUAAUUAGUAGGCCUUCCUUUCUUCAAAAAUUUGAAUAAUUGAGCUAUAAAACCCCAGAUUUUGAAUUAAUAAUAGGCUAAUUAUUAGGCUAAUUGUAGGCCUAAAUUUAUAGAAUAUUUUGACUAAUCAUCUUCAAAGAGCAGAAUCUGAUGCCAAACUAUUAAAUGUCAAACAAUUACACUAAAAACGAGUAUUUGUACUUUACAAGCUAAAUUUGCAGUUAAUUUGAAAUUGCCUGAUCAUUUAUUGAUGAAGUCAAGAUUUAUGAUCAUAAGCAGUAAGCAGCAGGAAAAAAAAAUUCACUAACUUAAAAAACAUGGCAACAGAAAUACGAUAGAGGCAACAGUCUACACAGCACCAUUUGUAAAAGCAUUUUUGCUAAUCCAGUGGAGUAAUGGUAUAAAGGUCAAUAUUUUGUGAUACUUACUUCAAAUUCAAAGCUGAAAUUAGGUAAAGCCUUCCAAAAAAAAAAAAUUCUCUUGAACUGAACCAAAGCUGAGAAAUAAAAUAUCAACUAUUUUAAAAAUACUCCAGUCAUUCUGCAACUUAGAGAAGAUACAAUAUGAUGAAUAAGCAUUUUCAAUCAAAAGGAAAUUUCAGUGGUAGCUCUAGAAGCAGUGUUCAAGAGACUGAUAGUCUGAGGAGAAUAAUGGGAAAUUCUAAUCUAAAACAGCAUAUUGAGACUGCACAAAAGACAGGUGCUUGUCAACUUCGACAUCUUAAUUUAAAAGAGGUUCCAGAGGAGCUCCAAAGGUUGUCAAAAAAUUUAAGAACAGUUGAUUUGUCAGACAACAAAAUUUCAGUCUUACCUCCUUGGUUUGUUACUUUUGCAAGCUUGAAGAACUUGACGAUUAGUAAUAGCAAAUUAGUUUCCUUACCAGAAGAUUUUGGCCAGCUAAAGAAACUGGAAGUUAUUAACCUGAGCAACAACUCGCUGACCAAACUUCCCAAAUCCUUUUCAAAUCUGACCAACCUCAAAACCCUGACAUUAUCUGGCAACAGCUUUAAAACCUUCCCCACUGAGAUUCUGGUCUUGCAGCAGCUGGAUGUUGUUGAUCUGUCUCAGAACUCCAUCACACAACUCCCAGCUGACAUGUCAGGACUGCAAGCUGUAGAACUCAACUUAAACCAGAAUCAGGUAUCUAAAAUGCCAGCAUCCAUUGCUCAAUGUCCACGAUUGAAAGUUCUUAGGUUGGAAGAAAAUUGUCUGGAAAUAACUGCAUUUACAGCGGAUAUAAUGAAACAUUCUAAAAUUAGCUUGUUUGCUGUUGAAGGGAAUAUGUUUGACAUGAAAAUGUUUCAUCAGGUGGAUGGAUAUGAUGAGUACAUGGAAAGAUUCACAGCAACCAAGAAGAAGAUCAACUAAAUUUGUAAAGGCUUUUAAAAGGACUAUUGUUUCUUGUAAUCAUUUGCACUGCAACUAUGAUUACAAAUUUACUUUUGUAAAUAUUCAAGAGAGACAAGACUGAAUAUAACCAGACCAUCACAAAAAAGUAAACAAGUUUUAUAAAACAGUUGUAUAUUAAAAAUAUUUUUGCUGUUAAUUCAUCUGAAAUAUAAAGUCUUACAUGAGUAAAAUUUAUCAAAACCCAUAUUAUAGCUUACACAUUU